AAAAACACUGGCCUCCAAGCAACAACUAAAUGAGAAACAACACGGAAUGUUCUGGAGCUACAAAUUGGAGCAGAGUUUUUUCAAAACCCAGCAAGAUGAAAAGGAGUGGGAAGAACAUCCAUUUCUCAAGACAUCUUUCAACACAGCAAGACUAUUGUUACUGACUCAAAUCCUCCUCCAUAUUGAAGUUUUGCAAUAGAUUCAGUGCAGAGUCAAGAGCCAGGGUUCAUCACAGGAUGCCUUUAUAAUACAAUACUUGGAGAGGAGACUGGCUCAAAUUGAGGUUUUUAAAAAAUAACUAAAGAAGCCUGAAAAUCCUUCGGAAUUGUGGUCGAAUGGAGUUCUGUAACGCUCAGUAUGACUUCUUCACUUCUCCUCAUGAGCAAACUGCUCACAGCUGUCUCAGGAGCGUCUGAACCAAUGUGAUCAAAACACAGUGAGCAUAACCCAGAAGACCUAUGAUCUCUCCUCAGAAAUGAGAGGUCAUCUGUCCACCUUCAAUGCAAUGAGAUCAGAGGUGAGCAGGCAGCUGGAAAGCAUCUCCGAGCGUGUUGUGCGAGUGGAGCGAGAGCUGGAAUAUCUCGAAAACAAGAUGCCCGCCCAAUAUGACAUUGAGAUGGAGGAGGCCCUGCUCGAACAACAGAUAAAAGCAGCAGAACUGGACCAGCUGAAGAGAAGAGCUAAAAUCAAAGUCGAAAAUGAUUGCAAAGUAGCCUUGAGUCAAAUUAAGUCUCUCAAAAUUGUGAAGAAGAUAGGAGACAAUGCGGGCUCCUGGUUCAAAGACCCUUCUGAUGGAUCAGCCAAGGUCUAUGUGCUGAGUGGAAUUCGUAAUGACACACUGUUGGAGUUCGUGUCACUACAAAGCUUCUCGGAGAGAAUCACGGUACCCCCAGUUAAAGUGGUCCAGCUGCCUUUUUCAUGGCAGGGAACAGGCCAUGUGGUCUACAAUGGAUUCCUCUACUACCACAAAGCAGACACACCCAACCAGAUACUGAAAUUUGACUUGUCGAAUGGCACAGUGGUCGACAGCAUCCUUCUUCCUGGCGCUGGUCUUAUCCCAGUGUACAGUUUGAACACCAACACCUACUUGGACAUGGCUGUGGAUGAAUUAGGUCUCUGGGUUAUUUAUGCUGACCCACAAUAUGGAGGAAACUUAGUUCUAACUAAACUGGAUAAAGGAAGUCUGGCAGUGGACUACAUCUGGGAUACACAGUGCAAAAGUCAUGAUGCUGAGGGAGCAUUCAUAAUAUGUGGAACUCUUUACGUUGUCUACAACACACGCUACGGCGGACGGUCAACUGUUCAGUGUCUCUACGAUAUCCAUGACACCAUACACAGCGCUGAAAGUCCUGUAGUGUUCUUCCCGAAGCGCUACACAAGCCACAGCAGCAUCCACUACGACCCUGAAGACAAACAGCUAUACGCCUGGGAUGACGGAUACCAAACAAUAUACAAAGUGGAGACGAACUUCAGUGAUCGAGUUACUGAUGAAUGACACUUUGUGUCAUAUGUUUUCCCUUUCAAACUGAUCAUAUGCAUACCAAUUAUUACCCAGCACAAGUAUUCAGACAUUAAGUACAUUUAAAACAUCUUUUCUCCUGAUAUUUUGCUGCCAUUAGGUAAAACAAAUGUCACAUGACACAAGAGCAUUUAAAAGCGGGUGUAUUCUUAUUCAAAUUUAAAGGUCAAGUGUCAUGAAAUGAAUGAUUUUUAGUAUGUUAUUAAUGAAAAAAAUGCUAGCCGGUUUGGACCUAUCCAUUUUUUCACCACAAAACAUGAUUUUGACGUAUAUGGCUUUUUGUAACUCCCGCCAUGAAAUCCUCUCGACAGGUUUGUUUUCGAGAAGAAGCAGGACGUGACGUACAUGGCAGGAUCUCCCUAAACUGGACUCGUUUGUUUCUAUUAGUUUUACCUCCUGGAAGGUAGCUCGUUGUUCCUUCGUGUUAGCCUAAAUGCAGGCUUGCUGCAUUGCUGGAUAUUGCUCGAACACUCGGGAGGAUGGAUUUGCCCUUCAUAAGUUUGCAAGAGACCCGGUUCGUUGUGAAAAAUGUAUUGCACAGGUGCAGAGGACGAGAGCAUCGUGGGUUCCAAAUAACAGGUAGGUGUGUAUACUGAAAAAAAAUAAUAGUUUGGGGCGGCCCACGUAAUCCAUCUCUCAUAAGGUAAUAAAAGAUCUGCGUAUGUAUGACAGGGGUGCUAAAUGUGUCAGUGUGCCCCUCAGACGGCUGCCGCGUCAACUCGCCAAGCCUUGUCGGCCGGGGUGGCUCAUAGCAGCCGCGGAAGAGGAUCGGACGAGGAUGCAGUUUGGCCAUGAUCCCCAUAUCAUCUAAACAUGGCUGGAAACAAUAGGGUAAUAUUGCCCCGGUAACUUCACUCGGUUGUGAAAUGUUCUCUUCUACGAAAAGAGCUUCUGUGUCAGAAGGGGCGUGUUCGUCUCCCACAGUCGGGGCCACAGCGUUUUUUCAAUUGCGAAUGUCCAGUUGACGUCACCAACAGGAGAUGCAGCCAAUAUGGUGACCACUUGGAUGUCGUCGAAUGACAUUUCCGCAACUUUGCGCAUGGAUGAACCUGCUCAUAUUAUUUUUUUCAUAUAGACAUUGAAGUGAAUAAUGUUAUAUGUAUUUUUCAUUACAUUAUCUAUUUUAGAAUGUUUGUAGUGUUAUCGUGAAUGUUUAUUUUUUUGAGAAGAUUUUUAUCGACAAUUACGAAUUUUCAGGGGCGCUGCCAUUUUCGCGAGUCACAUGAUCUCCGUGGCCGUAUGUGACGUGUACCGUGCCGCAACAAAGGCUCAAUUACAUGGGACGCCAUUUAUGCCCAGCGCUGAUUUUUCUCGUAUUUAUCCUCAUUUGAUGAAGAAAUAGCAGUAUGAGUUGCUCGGGAAGACGGAGGAAUACUUCCAUACAGAUUUGAACCUGUGGCUGUAAUUAAUGUUGAAUAUUCGGAUGCUUCUUCGGGCGGAAUGACACGGAGUCUCACUACUCGGAGACCUAUGAGCGACAUAAGUGCGUAAACAAAGGCCCCCGGGAGCUCCGGGCUGGCAGCCGCGGAUGGUUCUUUGGACGGGAAUGACGCAGUCUGAUGAGCAAGCUCCGGCGGCUGGCCGCGAGUCGAGUUUCCAGGUGGCGGAGACCGUUAGCCCCGGAUGCUGAAGCUGGGCUAAAGGCCUCUGCUGCCGCCAAAGGCGGGCCACGAGCUCGGGCGGCUGGCCAGGAGCCGAGCUUCGACGACAGGGGAGGCCUUAAGCCGAGAUUCGGUGGCAGCUCGUCAGACUCUGCUAAAUGUAUUAUCCUGAAUCAGAUGCACCUGUGUGAGGUCGUUAGCGACAUAAAGUCACGUGUCCACCCCAUACACUCAGUAAGACUCAAACAUGCCCAAGACCAAAGAGCUGUCCAAAGACACUACAGACAAAAUUGUACAACUCCACACAGCAGGAAGAGGCUAUGGAGAAAUUGCCAAGCAGUUUGGUGAAAAAAGUCCACUAUUGGAGCAAUUAUUAGAAAAUGGAAGAAGCUAAACAUGACGGUCAAUCUCAAUCGGAGUGGAGCCCCAUGCAAGAUAUCACCUCGUGGGGUCUCAAUGAUCCUUAGAAAAGUGAGGAAUUAGCCCAGCACUACAGAACAGGACAUGGUCAAUGACCUGAAAAGAGCUGGGACCACCGUUUCCAAGGUGACUGUUAGUAAUACACUAAGACGUCAUGGUUUGAAAUCAUGCAUGGCACGGAAGGUACCCCUGCUUAAACCAGUACAUGUCAAGGCCCCUCUUAAGUUUGUCAAUGACCAAUUGGAUGAUACACGGGAGUCAUGGGAGAAUGUUUUGUGGUCAGAUGAGACCAAAAGGGAACUUUUUGGUCAUAUUUUCACUAACCAUGUCUUGAAGAAGAGAAAUGAUGAAUUCCAUCCCUACAACACCAUCUCUAAGGUCAAACAGGGGGUUGUAGCAUGAUGAGUUACAUCCCAAGAACACCAUCCCUACUGUGAAGCAUGGGGUGGUAGCAUCUUGCUUUGGGGGUGUUUUUCUGCACAUGGGACAGGACAACUGCACUGUAUUAAGGAGAGGAUGACCGCGGGCAUAUAUUGUGAGAUUUUGGGGCACAACCUCUUUCCCUCAGGCAGAGCAUUGAAGAUGGGUCGUGCCUGGGUCUUUCAACACGACAAUGACCUGAAGCACAUACCCAGGAAAACCAAAGAGUGGCUCCGUAAGAAGCAUAUCAAGGUUCUGGCGUGACCUAGCCAAUCUCCAGAGCUAAACCCAAUAGAAAAUCUUUGGUGGGAGCUGAAACUCAGUGUUUCUCAGCGACAGCCCAGAAACCUGUCUGAUCUAGAGAAGAUAUGUGCAGAAGAGUGGGCCAAAAUCCCUCCUGCAGUGUGUGCAAACCUGGUGAACAACUACAGGAAACAUUUGACCUCUGUAAUUGCAAGCAAAGGCUACUGUACCAAAUAUUAACAUUUGUUUUCUCAGGUGUUUAAAUACUUAUUUGCAGCUGUAUCACACAAAUAAAUCGUUAAAAAAUCAUACAUUGUGAUUUCUGGAUUGUUCAUUUUAGAUUAUCUCUCUCACAGAGGACAUGCACUUAUGAUGAAAAUUUCAGACCCCUUCAUGAUUAAGUGUAAGAAUUUGCAUAUAGCAGGGUGUUCAAAUACUUAUUUUCUUCACUGUACCGGGCACAUUCUCAGUUUGUUGUUUGUGUAUCAUGUAACAUUAACAAUACCGUACACCUAUUCGCCCUGUUCCCUAUUUUAUUUUAAUUUUAAAUUGCAUUUCAAGAUGGAAUGUCUGUUCUUAGUGUCGGGUUUUAUCAAAUAAAUUUACCCCCAAAAAUGCAAUUUAUACUCCAGUGCGACUUAUAUAUGUUUUUUUUUCUUUAUCAUAAAUUUUUAGGCUGGUGUGACUUAAAUUCUGGAGCAACUUGUCGUUCUCAAAAUAUGGCGCUCAUAUGAUUUAUUUGUUAGUCGUGGUAAUCAAAUCGAGAUCAUUUUCUUUUUUAA